AUGACUUACAAUGUGUUGAUAUUCGCAUAUCGCAAGGAAGGAUGGACGCCUGAACAGUUUAAAGAUCAUUACGAGACCAAGCAUCUGCCCUUGAUGCAGUCCAUCGGCGGCAGCCUCUUCCCGCUGGCUCAUACCCGUCGCUAUCUUCAUCGAGAAAAGACGGCGGCAGCGGAAGGGGAGCCAACAGGAAAUGCAUACUACCCUGCAACGGUUCCAAUGGGAUCGCAAUCGGAUUUCGAUUACGAUGCCAUAGCUGAGCUGGAAUUUGAAGACGCUGAUCAUUUCCAGCGUUUCUCUGCUUUAUUGGCAUCACCCGAGUUUGCACCUCAAGUCGCAGCAGAUACUACAGAAUUCAUGGCAGCUGAAAAGACUAAGGUGGUGAUAAUUGGUGAUGUGAUCCGAACACAGAGAAGCUCAAACUAG